UGUGUGAGUGAAAAAGAAAGAGGGAGUGUGUGUUUGCGUGUGUGUGUGUGUGUGUGUGGAGGUGAAGUUGACGGAGAAGAACAGAAGCACCGCGGGACGUGUCGGGAACAGAUCCGGAGCGAAGCCGCAGGUAGACAUGGCGAUGCGAGGCCACACCUCCGGGUCAUUAAUGAGUAAUCACACUAAGGAGAGAGUGACCAUGGCCAAGGUGACCCUGGAGAACUUCUACAGCACACUGAUCACACAGCAUGAGGAACGGGAGAUGAGGCAGCAAAAACUGGAGAAAGUGAUGGAUGAAGAGGGACUUCCUGAUGAAGAGAAGCGAGUGAGACGCUCUCAGCAUGCGAAGAAGGAGACAGAGUUCCUGCGCUUAAAGAGAACCAGACUCGGUUUGGAAGACUUUGAAUCACUGAAAGUGAUCGGACGGGGAGCAUUUGGAGAGGUGCGUCUGGUACAAAAAAAGGACACAGGUCACGUUUAUGCCAUGAAGAUCCUGCGUAAGGCCGACAUGCUGGAAAAAGAACAGGUGGCUCAUAUCCGUGCAGAAAGAGAUGUACUGGUCCAGGCAGACAGUCUGUGGGUGGUGAAGAUGUUCUACAGUUUUCAAGAUAAACAAAAUCUCUACCUGCUCAUGGAGUUCCUGCCAGGAGGAGACAUGAUGACACUGCUGAUGAAGAAGGACACCCUGACGGAGGAGGAAACGCAGUUCUAUGUUGCUGAAACGGUUCUGGCCAUCGACUCCAUCCACCAGCUCGGCUUCAUCCACCGAGACAUCAAACCUGAUAACCUGCUGCUCGACUCGAAGGGUCAUGUUAAACUCUCAGAUUUCGGGCUGUGUACUGGACUUAAAAAGGCUCACCGUACCGAGUUCUACAGAAACCUGAGCUACAGUCUCAACACUGACUUUAGCUCUCAGAACAUGAACUCUAAGAGAAAAGCAGAAACAUGGAAGCGCAACAGGAGGCAGCUGGCGUUUUCCACAGUGGGGACCCCAGACUACAUUGCCCCGGAGGUAUUCAUGCAGACGGGCUACAACAAGCUGUGUGACUGGUGGAGUCUGGGCGUCAUUAUGUAUGAGAUGCUAAUUGGAUAUCCACCCUUCUGUUCCGAGACUCCUCAGGAAACGUAUAAAAAGGUGAUGAAUUGGAAGGAGACGCUGGUGUUUCCCCCUGAGGUGCCGAUCUCUGACAGAGCCAAACACCUCAUCCUCAGGUUCUGUUGUGAAGCAGAUCACCGUAUCGGAGCUGCAGGUGUUGAGGAGAUUAAGAGGAACCCGUUCUUCGAGGGAGUUGAUUACGAUCACAUCAGAGAGAGACCGGCAGCGAUCCCCAUCGAAAUCAAGAGCAUUGACGACACAUCAAACUUUGACGAGUUUCCCGAGUCAGACAUCCUGCAGCCUGCUGCAGCAGGCAGUAGUCACGCGGAGUCGAACUAUAAGAAUAAGGACUGGGUUUUUAUCAACUACACGUAUAAGCGGUUCGAGGGCCUGACGGCGCGGGGAGCGAUUCCGUCCUACAUGAAGGGAGGGAAGAGAUGAGCACAGACACACACCUGUCUGU